AUGCUCUUGAGGGAAGGGCAGAGAAGCACAGGGGAGCGAACCGAAGGCGUGAGAGAAGAGGCGGCGGCAAAAAAGGGGCUUGAAGGAUUUUUGAUGGCUACAAGUAUGAGCUUAAGGGGACCGUCGCUUAGUGUCCCCAAUGCGGAGGGCGUGCCGCGGCUCACGGAUGUCGCGCUGUAUCUUUGCGGAAAAGCCAUGGUCUCCCUUUGGCCGUUGCUUGUUGCGUCCGAUCCAGAAGCGGCCGAAAAAUUUGCCAUGUGGUACUUUCAUCGUGUGGCGUUUAUGCACGAACGCAUGGCGGGCCAUGGCAACGAGGCAGAGACCGUGGCCGUAGCGAGUGACAUGCGGAAUGGUGGCGAGACGAACUUUUCUCUUGCGUUCAAUGCGUUGUGCCGGGGACCCGUUGAAAAUGAGUCUUAUAACUGGCAGCAGCAGCAGCAGCAGCAGCGGGAACGGUCUUCUCUGCCGACAGUGUUUGGCUUUGCAGAAGAAUCAAGUUCGGCGACUGGGCUACUUUUGCAAACUGAAUCAUUGGUCCUUGCGGAGGGUAAUGCGAGGGGUGGCGGUGACAGUAACGCCGCCUUCACCUGUUUUGAGGAGCUGCUGGAUCUUUGCAGAGAUGUUGCUGGACGUGAUAUUCGGGAGGAUUUUCUCCGUUGCGUUAUUUCACUCAUCACGGGAGAUGUCUCUUAUCCUACUCGUGCACCGCUGACGUUGUGGGGCGACAGAAGCGUCAAGGAAAGGGCCGCGGUGAUCCUUUCAACGUUGUCAGCCAUGCUCACUCUGAAGAAUGAAUUCACUGCGGAACAUGUGGCGAGGAGCCUCACACGGUCCUUUGCGGUGUGGAUGGAUGUCAGCUGGAGCUGUGCGUCCUUUGGAUGGCAGAUGCAUGUAGCACGGGUUGUGGGACAAUGGCUUGUCGAUUUUGAAUCUCUUUUGACGUCUGUAGUGUUGCCAGGGACAAUGCCAUUCUUGAGUCAACCCACGCGGCUACCGCAAAAGCCAAACUUAUCGACGCAUGGUCCUUCUUCAAGAGCCCCUCAUCCGGAAUUGGAGGGGAAGCAGAAGUUGAACAUUGCCAGCAUGUAUAUGGCACUGCGACGUAUUUGUGAGGGCACUUUACCGAACGAUAGAAAUUUAAUGGAGAUGCUUAUUCAAAGCGGAUGUGGGGUUCGGUUUGCCGAUCAGAACGUGCUGGAAUAUAUGAUGAGUGAUUCGGCGGCGGGCGGCGGAGCGUCAGACACGCAACUUUCACAUCAAUUCAUUCUUUUGAGAAUCACAAGCGGAGUGCUUCUCUACGCCCAAUUUUAUCUCUCUGUACACUCUUUAGAGGCGGCUCUUCACUGUGCACAAACAGCCGUACUUGUCGGACACCAAUGGCGCUCGGAUGAAUUUCUCACAAUGGCACAUUACAGCAGUUUCCUUGUUCAUUUUGCCUGUCAAGACACGCCUGCUGCUGCGGGAGACAUCGCUAUUUUGCUUCAAUUAGCAGAUGCGGCAUCUCAUAGAGAAGGUGAUAAUGGAGGCGAAACAAAUAACAGUGCACCUCGAUUUCAUGCCGGUUGUUUGGGCUACAUGGGAGCGGCCAUGUUAAUGCUUAUUUGUCCAGGGACGGUUGACACGUACUUGCGGUCUGUUAUUAUUGCUGGUAUUGUAGCGGGGAGGCCCGCUUUUAGUGAAGCAACAUCCGAUGGUCAGGCUGUAUUGGGUGGCGGCCACGAGAAUAAUAAUAAUACUAAUACUAAUAGUCAUGCAGAUACUGAAGCCGUCCGUGGUGGCCACUCCGUCGUGGUUCAGAGCGUUGCCCAAACGGUGCGAUUUGCACUUUGGCUUUCUGAGAUGGAGACGUUUCUUGACCCCUCUUCAACGGUUGUCACGGAGAUGAUCACAGGCGUAGGGCGAGAAACUAUGACGAUUAUCGCGGGGCACUACGGUGUGCGUUCUUCGUUGAGAGCUGUCAACACAGCUUCCCUUGGUCAACUUCUAACUCAGAUUGACGAAGAGGCAUCCACGACGUCCUCUAUUUUUUCCUAUCAACCCUCAUCCCUUCUGCUGCGUGAGCUUGUGCGACAAAUAGCUCAUCGUGCGUUGGCCACACAGGUUGGUGCCGCAGACGCCUCGCCCGGAUCGGGACCGUUUAAUAUAUUGCAUGACUUUCUUAUGGCUGUGGAAUUACACUAUGGCGAAGAUGGCGUUGAUGUUCUCCGAGGGGAUUUCUUCUUUAUGUCUACCUACCGCUUUUUGUUUGCCAUUUGGCUUCGGAAUCAUGGGUACAUGAAGUCAGCGUACCAAGAACUGACCCGAAUUGCUGACAGCAUGUUAUUCCAUAGUCGUUGCUGCAUGGACGGCAGCAUGAUGGAUGGAGAAGCCGCAUUUACAUCCAACGCAGCUGAGGCAAUGGAGGAGGAUAUUUCUGCUGCCGCCGUCAAAACGGCGGCGAUGGGGACAAAAAUAAUGACAAAUGGAACAGAAAAGGUUAAAAAAAGUGACCUGCAGUACUGGCCGCCUGACCACUUGUUGCUGUGGCAACAUAUGCACUUUGAACGUGCACAGCUUGCACGCUAUCUUGGCUACUCUUCUACAUUGCCUGAUAUUGCUGAGAAGCUUCGUCGCGUAAGUGCGGGGAGCCAUUUUGUUAUGGGCGUACUUUACGCCGACCUUAUAGCUGCAAUGAUGUGCUUUCAGCGUGGAAAUUACUGCAGUGCCCUCCAUGCGCUUGACAAAGUCUUGGGCAGUGCGAAACAUAUUGGCUUAACUUUAGUUCAAGCGCAUGCGUAUUUGAUGCGGGUGUUUGUUUUGCUUACAUGCGGUCGAUGGAACGAUGUUCUGGAAACACUGGGCUCCAUACGCUCUCUUCCCUCGCUUCUGGAGCCGGGCUUCCUCCUUGCUCGGCUGCGUGCGCAGUGCGAAGCGAUGAUGGAGUGCACGACAGCAACAGAAGCCGAUCUUGCUGCUGUCGUGGAGCAGCAUGUGCAGCGGAUGGAGGCUUGUGGAUGUUUUCUCGAGGAGUCGGAAGAGGAGGAUUCCAUCGGCAUUACAUUGGCGGAGAAGUUGUGCGUUUAUGCUUGCAUCGCUCGCUUUAUGGUGACGCCGUCGGCAGACCAGCGGCAUUCUUGGGACAAUAAUUUAACGACUCUCACAAAAAAAUUGAGGCAGCGCCAGUUUCAAGAAGGGAAGUGGCAGGUGUUGUCUAAUAUGCCGAUGCGGCGCGUUUGCCGGGACAUUUUAUCCGGCGCGCUGCUCCAGCAGCUGACAUAG